UCUAGAUCUAGAUCUAGUCUACUACGGAUUAUGGAUUAUGCUUAGUAGCUUAGUAGUAUUGCUUAGCCUACAUUGCCCUACAUACUACUACAUACUACAUAGAUUCUACAUUGCCUAAAGAUUUGUUUAGAUCUUAAAUAAGUAAUACUUGACAUGAUUGAAAGAAUCAAGAUGAAGAUAUCGAUGCUGUCAGAUUGCAGCUACUUUUAAAAUUUCUUUAAGAAUAAAAUGUCAGGACCAGGCAAGUUGCCAUCAAAAACUGAAGAUAACUUUAGCGUCAAAGAAACCAUGCAGAAAUUGUUUCGAUUUGUAAAACCUUCUGCUCCACUCACAGUACCGAAAACUACUUCAAAAGAAGUUACUUUUACACCAGAUAUCCUCCGUGAAAUAGGGCCAGAAAGUCCAGCAAACAAUAGAUUAAGAACUAUAAGGGAACAAUGUGAGGUUGUAAAGCAUAGACACCUUGAAAAGAAUGCUGUUGAAGCUGUCUGGCAUCAAAUUAAAGACCUUUUUGAGCCUCAUGUGCUUCCUGAAAACAGGCAAUUGGCUUUCACUUUUUUGCAUUGUUUAUUGGAAGGUCAACUGCCUUAUAUGACCACAGUUCGUGGACACUUCUUUAGGAUAAUUCAGAGUUUGACAGAUCCAUCAGACAUUAACCAUAGGUUGAAGCUUUUACAAACUUUAAGUGAAUGUGGGAAAAAUGUGAUCAAUUUUGAAGAUGAAAUUGGUCUUUUUUUGUUACAUUGGAUGCCAGAUGUAAUAUCAAGAGGUCACAUCGUUACUUUUUUACCUAUCAUUGUAAAUGUUAUCAAAUACAAUGCAAUCUAUCUUGAUGAAGAAAUAAUAUCUGGACUUGUACAACAAACCUGUAUGAUACCUAACCAGAUUCGCUCAGAUGAGGAACUUACAAAGUGUCUUCAAGUUUUGGAUGCAGUAAUAUGCUACAGCUACCUCCCUUCUGAUUCACUAUAUCAUUUUGUUGCUGCCCUUUGCCACACUGUUGAUAAAGCACCAUUCAGUGAAAAGUCAUGGGAGUUGAUGAAGAAACUUUUGGGUACUUACCUGGGACACAGUGCAAUAUUUACUAUGUGUGCUAUGCUGCAGGAUCAGAGACAGCCUGUGGAUGUUUUACUGUUGCGUGGGGCCAUCUUUUUUACUGGAAUGGCUUUGUGGGGCUCGCGGAGAGUUACCACACUCAAGUGUACUCAUGCUUCUGUACUGCCUUGCUUCCUACAGGCUGUGUCUCAUGAAAACAGUAUUGUGGCCUAUGAGAUCACCCUCAACUUACAGCGAUUAGUUAGUAAAUAUGGCAAAGACUUGCAGUUUGUAACAUGGGAGAUCAUUCUGGAUAUUCUUGAGGCUCUGUUAAACCAAAUAGAAAAAUGUAAGUUUGAUGAGAAACUCUCUGUGGAGGUUCAACAUGUCAUAACUGCUAUGGAGACCUUGUACAGCGCCAGACAAUUUUUUGGGCCCCCAAUAAGACUGUUUAAAAUUGUGGAGAUGUGUGCAGGCAAAAGAGAAACCAGUUCUGUGUGCGCUCUGAUUGAUUAUCAUACACAGUUUAUCCACCCUGGCCAAGAAAAUUGGAUUGAUGAUCUACACAGCUUGAUGGAAAAAUAUUUCAGGUCACAGACAAGAACAGAAGUCAGAAAGAAAACAUUGGAUGUUUUAUCACUAGUCCUCAGUAUCAACACACAUGUCUAUGAGAAAGAGCUAAUAGAACGAGUAGUCAUUCCACAUUUCAUCCACAUCAACACAGACCCUGACCCUGAAGUACGCAGGAAGUCUGUUGAGCUCCUCCUGGGAUUGUGUGAAGAUUGCCAUUCAAAUGAGUUCUUUGAACUCUCUCUUAUCAUUGAAGAAGUCAUCAAAAAACCACUUAUCGGUGGUUUCCAGGAAUUAGACAGGAAAGAUGAUAUCAAAGGACUAGAUGAAGAGAGUUUGGUUGAUGUACGCACUGCCAUUACAAAACUAAUUGACCUGUUCAAGAUCAAGCUGUACACUGCACCAGGCAGCCACUGCCAGAGAUUGUAUGACAUGUUGAUCUCCCAUCUCAAGCAGCACUACUCACAGCUUUACCUUGGUCGAACUGCUUGCAUGAUUCGCAAAUCUAUUUUCAGCCUGCUGCUACUGUUAAGGGCAGACAGCAAUACCAGAGUUGGAUUGGCUGACAGAAAGCCUGGAGAGCGUCAUGUAUUUAGCCCAUAUGUUUUGUGUCAGCCAAGUGAUGAUGUUGAGUCCUUGUGUUUAAGAAGCCCAUCCAUACCAGGUCUCAAUGCUAGCCAGCUGUAUGCUGUUAUUGAGUAUGAGCACACCUUCAAACUUUUUUUGCGAUGCCUUGAAUCCGAAAAAGACUGGUCCAUUUUACAGAUAGUUUUGGAAAACCUUCCUCUAAUUCUUGAAAACAAAACACUUGUAUUGUCAGCUAAUGAAGAGCUUAUUGAUGCCUUAUGUGGAAAGUUGUGUGCUAUGGUUAAAGACAGAACAGUGGAGCAGUCCCAGAAGUUGAUCAACCGUCCAGCCAACUUCACCCGCUCAGACUUCCACACUUUUGUGUUUCCUGUGCUUGCCUCUAUAGUUACUUAUCAUUCUUACCUGGACAAGAGUAGACUGAAAGAACUGGUGAACUGCCUGGAGUUUGGUCUGGUCUCCAAGUGUGCAAAGAUCUGCGUCACCACCCUGAGAAUCUGCUCUCUAGAGAUGAAAGAGCUCAUGAUGAGGAUGUUGCCAUCUGUCUUAUUGUCUCUCUCUAAAAUAUCAGCCACUAUAGCAAUGGCCAUUCCAGUGCUAGCUUUUCUGUCUAGUAUUGUCAGGAUUCCUAAGCUGUAUGCUAACUUUGUAGAAGAUCAGUAUAUGAGUGUGUUUGCUAUUGCUCUGCCUUAUACCAACCCAUUCAAGUUUAGCCAUUACACAGUUUCAUUAGCACACCAUGUUAUAGGAAUCUGGUUCAUCCGUUGUCGACUACCAUUCAGAAGAGGUUUUGUCAAGUACAUCCAGCGAGGACUGAAGUAUAAUGUUUUGCAACUGUUUGAGGAAAAUUCCAUUCGACAUCUCAGUUCUUUUAAUCAAGAUUCUAGUGACAGAGGGAGAACAAUGUCCUUGAAUGAAACUAGUCGUAGCCGUCGUAGGAAUAUGUCUGGCAUUGAGGGUAUAAGAAAUGAUGGCCGUAUACCUAUGGAUGAGAAAAUGUCUCAGUUUCAUAAGGAGCUCACAGAGACAUGUAUUGACAUGAUGUCCAGAUAUGCAUUUGGGAAUUUUACAGCUCUACCUAAAAGGUCUCCUGUGGCUCAGUUUUUACUUAAAGAUGGCCAACGUGGCAUGUGGGUUGUUGGAAAUAAAGUAAUCACAGUGACAACAAGUGGAGGAGGCAGCAAGUCAAGCAGCACUGGACUGUGUGAGAACUGCCUGGCUGUCGUUCAGAAGUCACAGAAUAGAGAUGGAGAAUCUAAGGACCCAACACCAACAGUCACCACCCCUGCAAGCACUAGGAGAGACAGGCGCAGGCAUAAAUCUGUUGCUAGUUUAGGCAGAUCACAAACACAGAUUGACUCCCUUGGGAUUUCAUUAGAAUCUGAUGAGUCACUUCGCCCCCGUCGUAGCCUUGAUGACAUGAGUUUGCCACAGGAUUCCAGUAGGAAAAUGCUAGGUCAGGACGAUGUGGCUGUUCAGACUGGAAGCUCCUUAAGUAAAGAAGGAAUGGAUCCAAUGCUGAUUGAAAGUAAGCAUCAGUUAUCUGAACAGCGCAUGUUCUCAGCCACACAGUGCAGCUGUUGGUGUACAAGCUGGGCGGAGGUGAACAUUCGUGGGGCGAGUGGCGUGGUGUCCUGGAUGAUGAGGAUAGAGAAUGAGUCGAGUGGCUACAGCUUCUAUGCCGACCCUUCAGUGCCAGACAUCACGCAGCUGCUGGCACCUGUUAGAUGCAGAACUCCUGACUCAGAUAGUAUUGGAAAAAUUGACAGUGGCAGCCUGUGUGAAGAAGAGUAUGAAACUUUACAUUCCCAACAUUUCUCUGAGGCAGAGAAAACCUUUUGUCGAGAUGAAUACCAUGUCACAUCAGAAAUAUCCACUGAUGGGAUGGCCUCUCACACUGUCCCAGCAGAUGACACCAACUCCCAAACAACCUUAAAGAGAAGAAACUCAUCCCCACUGUGUAUAAGUGAUGCCCUAUACAGUCAGCGGUUGAUUACACCAGAGCCUGACUCCCAUGGUAUUGAGAGGAUCAGAAGCAUCAACACUGAAACAUCUGUUGCCCGCCCUGAAGCUGAAGACUUCUCUAACACACCAGCAUCUGUGGCUCCUGAGCCACCAGGACCAAUCACCACAGUGGAGAAAAAAUCUGAUCUAUCUAUUCAGCUUUCUCAAAGUGAUCAAAAAAUGUUUAGCCAGCAGGAAGCCAAACCUUUGUUUGAAUAUAAAGAAAGUGAACUUCAAGCUCAGCAAGCAUUCAGCAAGACCAAGUCUGAAUUCAGAGGGCGUGCUGAAACAAGUUCAGGAGAAAUGCAGAGGCCCAGAAAACUUAUCCAGAGCAUGGAAUCCCCCAGUGUGAAAAGGAUGGCUAUGAGAAGUUUCUCUGUUGACCUGGAGGGAACCAAAAGACCUGAACAUCUCCCUCUGCUUACCUCCCAUAGUCAAGAUAUUCAAAACUUUGCUAAAGAAUCUUCACCCAAUGAUGGAUCUGCCACCUCGUCACUUCAAGAUGAAGUUCCAGAGCUAAGGCAAAUAAAGCGACGUGGCCACACAAUCUCGGUCAUUAAUUCCUCUUCAGAUGUGAGACAGAAUGAUGAGUUUGAUUCUAGGCUGCAGGGAUCCAGCUCGGCUAAAGACAGCAAAUCUGGACUAAAUCCUAGCUAUGUCUUUCUUCAACUCUACCACAGUCAUCCUUUGGUUCAGAGUCCUGAGAUCCCAUUAAAAGUACCAGAAACUGAUAAAUUUCGAAGAACAGUGGACAUGUUGGAUCACAUCUACCCAUAUGAAACCCAUAAAAUUGGUGUACUCUACAUGGGUAAAGGGCAGGCUAGUGAUGAAAAGACUCUACUCAGCAAUGAGUUUGGAUCACCACGCUAUACCAAGUUUAUCCAGGCUUUGGGAGAGAUGAUAAGCAUUGAAGAGGCUGAGAAAGACAGGGUCUAUCUCGGGGGUUUGAACCCCAGUGAUGGCAAAUUCACUGUGGCUUGGCAAGACGAGUCUCUCAGAGUUAUUUUUCACAUUGCCACAUUGAUGCCUAACAAACCUGGAGAUACAAGGUUUAAUAACAAGAAAAGUCAUAUUGGAAAUGAUUUUGUUACCAUUGUGUAUAAUGACAGCUCAGAAGAUUACAAAAGUGGCACAAUAUCUGGUCAGUUCAACUUUGUCAGUAUUAUUAUACGUCCCCUGGACUAUGAAAGUAAUGCUGUCACACUGAUAACAAAAGAAGUGGACUUCAAAGAUCAGUUAUCACCAGGUUUGGGAACAAUGAAGGAUAUUGCAGACAUCUUGGGCCACACCCACACAAAAAUCAUCUCAGAUGUUAACCUUCCUCUUCUAGUCAGACAAAUUGCCGUACACUGUAAUCUAGCCUCCAUGGUACUACAGAGACAGCAGUCAACUGUUGGGUGUCCUGAGGUGUUUGCAUCUAAUUGGUUGGAAAGACUGCGCCAGAUAAAAUUACUCAAACAACGAAUACUUGAACAUCAGGCAGAAAAUACAGAGCCAGCUCCUCCAUCCCCCAUCUGGCCACCCACAGGAGCAAGUGGGGAUGGUGCUUUUGGGGCAUACGAAGACUUUACAGACUACUUGUAGUUUUGGAACUAGAUUGUAUGUUUGAAAGGCAUUUCAGUAUUGAUAAGAUUUUUGUUUUCUUUCUCAGAUUUAAUUUUAUGUAAUAAUAGUUUACUGUAGAAGGUCCUUGAGUCCGCCCAGCUAGGUGGCUGGGCUCAAAACUGACCAUACUAUCCCAUCAUAUGCAGAAGUCAGAGAAAUAAGUGAACUCUACUUCAUCUGCCCUAUCUAAUAACAGGUUAGGAAGGGCAGCUAACUGGUUGUUUGUUGUUGUUUUUUUUUUUUUACCUUAGUCCAGAAUUUUGUUUACAUUUUAGAGAAAGUUCCAAUUAUUUAACCUUAAAGGUUGGCUGUGUGAGGACUUUUUUUUAAAAACUAAAUUAUAAUUCCUCCAGUAGUAUUUAUUUUAAAAAUGAAUUGGAAAUUGAUGUUUGUGGUGAGUGCAAUUUUUUUUAUCAUCAUUUUUUCACAUACUGUAUUUAAAUUUAAACAUGAAGUAUUAUCUUUAAUCAAAAUGUUACCAUAUCUUUGAAUAAAUUAUUGUCACUCA